GUGGUUUAUAGAGUAGAGUGAUCAACAUAUAUUUCGAAGCUCUUCAUCUCAUCAGUUCAUUAAAUUUUUCCGCUGACAUCUUCUACCGUACCAAAAACAUCAUUCCUAACCACCAUUUCCCUUCAUAUUCUUCAAAAUAAAAUAAAAAUAACCAGAAUUAUCUUCAUCUUCACCCCUUUCCACUUCAAUGUCCUCAAUCUCCCAUUGAUGCGCCAGAUUCAGAGCCCAGCGAAAAUCAAGAGUUUCGCCCAAGCUUGCAUCAAAAUGGCUUGCAUCAACCUCAACGUGGAUAACAACACCUGGGCAUGGAGCCUUCCAUUUCUGAUGAGUUUUAAGAUUUUGUCUAACCAGAACCACAUUCCAAGCAAGCAGUACCAUAUAAGAAAUGUUUCUUCACCUUAGCCGCUGUGACUAGUACUGCAGUUCUCAUUAGGCACAACACAAGCAGUUAAUAGAUCUAAUAAUGGCCAAAACAUAUGAGGGACCUGCUAUAGGAAUUGAUUUAGGGACCACGUACUCAUGUGUUGCUAUAUGGGAAGAACAGAACAAUCGAGCAGAAAUCAUUCACAAUGAACAAGGAAAUAGAACCACGCCUUCCUUGGUUGCUUUCACUGAUACCCAAAGAUUGAUUGGUGAUGCUGCUAAAAAUCAGGCUGCAACAAACCCAUCAAACACUGUCUUUGAUGCAAAGAGGUUGAUUGGUAGGAAAUACAGUGAUUCAGUUGUUCAGGAUGAUGUUAAGCUCUGGCCUUUUCAGGUCAUUGCUGGAACUGAUGACAAACCCACUAUUGUUGUUAAGUACAAAGGUGAGGAAAAAUACCUUGUUCCUGAGGAUACCUCAUCCAUGGUUCUCACAAAUAUGAAGGAGAUUGUUGAGGCCUUUUUGGGAUCACCUGUGAAGAAUGCAGUUAUCACUGUGCCUGCUUAUUUCAAUGACUCUCAGCGAAAAGCCACCAAAGAUGCGGGUGCCAUUGCUGGUCUCAACGUGAUGAGGAUAAUCAAUGAACCGACCGCUGCAGGUCUUGCAUAUGGUCUUCAGAAGAAAUCUACUUUUGUUGGAAAGCGAAAUGUAUUCAUCUUUGAUCUCGGUGGGGGCACAUUCGAUGUGUCUAUUCUCAUAAUUGAGGAUGAUAGCUUCGAAGUGAAAGCCACUGCUGGUGAUACUCACCUUGGAGGAGAGGACUUUGAUAACAUACUGGUGGACCAUUUUGUUAAGGAGUUUAAGAGGAAGCACAAGAAGGACAUUAGUGGGAACCCAAGAGCCUUAAGGAGGUUGAGAAGUGUGUGUGAGAAAGCAAAGAGGACACUCUCAUUUGCCAGUGAUACCAUAAUUGAGGUAGAUGCUUUGUUUGAGAGCACUGACUUGUUUUCAACAAUUACUCGUGCCAAAUUUGAGGAGCUGAACAUUGAUCUCUUUAAGAAGUGUAUGGAGAUAGUUGAGAGGUGUCUUGAAGACUCUAAGAUGGACAAGAGUGACAUAGAUGAUGUUGUACUUGUUGGUGGAUCUUCUAGGAUUCCCAAAGUUCAGGAACUAUUGAAGGAUUUUUUCAAAGGUAAGGAACUAUGCAAGGGGAUCAAUCCUGAUGAGGCUGUUGCUUAUGGUGCAGCUGUGCAAGCUGCUUUGUUGAGUGAAUGUGCCAUUAAGAAUUUUCCGAACUUAGUGCUAUUGGAUAUUACCCCGUUGUCUUUAGGUUGGAGGCUAAAAAGAGAUCACAUGAGUGUAGUGAUUCCUAGGAAUACUACCAUUCCUAUAAAGAUGACAAAGGAUUAUGUUACAGUUGAAGAUAACCAAUCUAUUGUCUUGAUUGAGGUUUAUGAGGGUGAGAGAACUAGAGCAAGUGAUAACAAUUUGUUAGGCUCUUUUCAUCUUUCUGGCCUCCCUCCUGCUCCUCGUGGCCAUCCUAUUUAUGUAUGCUUUGCUAUAGAUGAAAAUGGCAUCCUAACUGUUUCUGCUGAGGAAAAAACCACAGGGAAUAAGAAUGAGACAACUAUAACCAAUGAAACCAACAGGCUGUCAGCUAAAGAAUUCAGAAGAAUGAUUCAAGAAGCUGAGGAUCAUGAGGUUGAUGAUAUGAAGUUCAAGAACAAGGUGACAGCAAUGAAUGAUCUUGAUCUUUACCUUUACAAUAUGAACAAAAGUAUGAAAGAUAAGUGUGUGAGUUCUAAGCUUCCCUCAAUGGUCCAAGAUAAGAUCAAUUCAGCUAUUGUAAAGGGCAAAAGUUUGCUUGAUGAUGGCCAGCAGCUAGAGACAUCUGUAUUUGUUGAGUUUCUAAUGGAGCUCAAGAGCAUUUUUGAACCUGCUAUGGCCAAGAAAUCAAAUGCUACUAGGACCUGGGGCAAGUUGAAGAAGCUUAUAUAGUUCGUUUAAUAAUUGAGUUUGAAUUGUUUUUAAUGUUUUUAGUACUACUAGCAUUUUUUCCUUGUUCUUUAUUUUCUUAGUUCUUCUGGAUUGUUCUUAGUAGAUUAAUUAGCUUGAUUGGGAAUUAUUUGCUGCUAGAUUAUUAUUGAUAUAUAAGUAUCUUUUUGUUGGUAGUAAAAUUGUAGUAAUU